AUGUCAAGAGUGGAAGACUUGCCCGAAAACCACAUCGACAGUCUCGAGAAUAAAGAGUGUACUGACAUCGAGUUAGAUCAUGACAAUGACACACCAGAUAAUUCUGAAAAGGAUGAAGAAAGAGAGGAAAAAAAGCAAGAGCUGAAGGCAGUUCUUUUUGAAUUGGCAACGACUACUACCAUCCAUGGUAUAGGAAAUAUUGUGAGCGCAAACAAGACGUACAAAAGGCUGUUAUGGCUCAGCCUGUGGUUGUUAACAUUUGUGGGAUACUGUUUCCAGUUGUCACAGAUUUAUAUAACGUUUACAUCUACGCAAAAGACGACAACAAUGGAUUUGAAGUUUGGAGUGUUGAAAUUCCCAGGUGUAACUUUUUGUAAUCUCAAUCCGGUGAAGAAAAUGUUUUUAACGGAAACAUCCGAUGACAUGCAGUUAUUUCUGACUAUACCAGAGGUUGCGAUGAGAUAUUAUUCGACACCUAUUGAUAUCGAGAUCGACAGAAAUCAUCCUAGAUUUAAAUUCCUCGAUAGAUUUGAGAAACAUGGAUUUAAUACAGAAGGCUGGGAUGUACUGAGUUACAUUCCGACAGAUCCAUUGCAAACCAGAGAUUUAUUUAUUAAGAGUGAAAUCAGUAAAAUGAACAGGAGUACAAUAGAAAAAAUAGGCCACAACAUUGACGAUAUGUUGCUCCAUUGUUCUUUCAACGGUGACUCGUGUAACUCAAGUUUGUUCACACCAGUAAGCAGUACUCGUUAUGGGAACUGUUAUACUCUCCAGACUGAUGACCUUGUCAGCACAGUACCUGGACCUCCUUACGGUUUGACUCUAAUGCUGGAUUUGGAGACAUAUGAAUAUGUAAGUCCGUCCAGCAGCGGAAAUGGAAUCAAACUUGUGAUUCAUGAGCCAGGCGCAUACCCUUUUGUUGAGGAACAAGGAGUGAACGUAGCACCAGGUCGAUCAUCAAUAGGUUUAAAUCGUAUAGAAAUUCAGCGAUUGAAACCUCCGCAGGGAAAUUGUGAUUAUCACAAUGGUUAUGACGACAAGUACGGAAUAAAAUAUUCAAAAAUGGCAUGUGAGCAACUUUGUCAAGUCAAUCUCACAAAGGACAUAUGUGACUGUGUGCCAACGAUGGUAUCUAUUGAUCAGUCUAGUGUUACCGAUUCUUCCAGUUACUGCGGAUUGUUAGACAUUCCUUGUGCCAUCCUUGUCAGACAAGCCCAGGUCAAAGGUGAUUUGCACUGUCCCUGCACCAACCCGUGUUUAGAAAAUAAAUACAGCAAGACCAUUUCAAGUCACAGCUGGCCUAGACAGGAGUACCUGACCCGCGAGAUUAUACCUUUGAUUUGUGAAAAUACGGAAAGAGCAAAGAAAUUAGAAAACAUAACUGGAUACUCUUGCCUUGAUAUCACACUGAAUAUCGCACCAGCGGAAUCUGUGGAACCGUUUAGGGACAACUUCGUGAAACUGGAUAUAUACUUUGAGGACCUGAACUACGAACAUAUCGAGGAGGUCCCUUCAUAUGAUGAAUAUCAAUUUCUCUCGGAUAUUGGCGGAGCGACAGGACUAUUUAUUGGAGCAUCAGUUCUCAGUUUGGUUGAGGUGAUUCAGAUAUUGGUGGAAGUGCUUAAGUAUGCCGUGAACAGACUUCGGAAAAAGUAG